CCCUCAGAUUUCUCUGACAUCCCCCUCCGAGCAGCCUAACGGCGCCGGCAGGCAAAACUUGUCAAACACGAAAACCAAACCCUAAUCGCCAAUUUUUCCGCCUCCUUACCAAAAUGCACCGUUUAACCAAACUCUAAUCGCUCUUUUGUCACUAUUCAACCAAUAAUAUCAACUAGACGUGUAGAGUUUAAAGUUUAAACAACAAAAAAAAGAGUUACAAUAAUCCACACUUAGGAUGCUUUACAAUUCAUGGAGAACUUUUCAUCCGCCCUGCUGUAGUUGAUACGCCACUAACAGUAAUUAAAAUACGAGAUAUUGUUAAGUUACUAUAAGACUAGUGAUAGAAAUUAUAUAGUUACCACACUUUGAUUUUUCUUAAACCGUUUCAUAUGGUUGGCCACCAAAGUUUUAAUAAUUUUGAAUGACACCCUAACAAGGCUACAGGUAAAAGUCGAAUCGAGAAGAAGAGCUUCACCGAUCGCAAACAAUGGCAGACGAAGUGAUCCUUAUGAGUUACUGGCCGAGCAUGUUCGGAAUGAGGACAGUGAUCGCGUUAGAGGAGAAAGGAGUGAAGUACGAGUAUAGAGAAGAAGAGGAUGUGAUCAAUAACAAGAGUCCCUUGCUUCUAAAGAUGAAUCCGAUUCACAAAAAGAUCCUGGUUCUCAUCCACAAUGGUAAACCGGUUUCUGAAUCCAUCAUCCAAAUCCAAUACAUAGACGAAGUCUGGUCCGACAAGAACCCAUUCCUUCCUACUGAUCCAUACCAAAGAUCUCAAGCCUUAUUUUGGGCCGAUUUCAUCGAAAAGAAGUUGUUCCUUUGUGGGAGGAAUACUUGGGCAACGAAAGGUGAGGAGCUAGAAGCAGCCAAGAAGGAGCUUAUUGAAAUACUCAAGACUCUUCAAUCUGAGCUAGGAGAUAAACUUUACUUUGGCGGCGAUACAUUCGGGUUUGUAGACAUUGUGUUGAUUGGGUUCUAUAGUUGGUUUCCAGCAUAUCAAAAGUUUGGUAACUUCAGCAUUGAAACAGAGUGUUCGAAACGGAUGACUUGGGGAAAGAGGUGUAUGCAAAGAGACAGUGUGGCUAAGGUUUUGCCUGAUUCUGAGAAAGUUUUUGGUUACGUUUUACAGCUUAAGAAGGUAUAUGGGAUUGAGUAAGAGAAGAUCUCUUUGUUUAGCUAUAUAAGUUGUGUUUAUCUGGAGGUUUUCGUGUUUAAAUUGUGUUCUGUUUAAACUAAUGAUUUAU